ACUCACACACGAAGCACACAAACACUUCAGCACAAGACCAGAAAACAAGGAAGAGGAGGACCACAACCACCUCCUCCACUAGCAGGAAAGGAAGGAGUUAUGAAAGGAUGUGGAGUCCCUGGAAGGUGUGGUCACUACCUAACAUGUUAUCCCUCCUCCUCACACUCCUCUACCUAGGUGUUCUCAUCACCAGGCAAGACACACUGCUCAUGGACAUUCUGAGAUGGUGUCGAAGUGGCCACAUCCCCUUCCUGUCAGCACACCUCGCAGUGAACCAUGUGCUUAGGAGCUAUGUCCCUUGCUGCCCCCAUUUUCUUCAAGGUGCCUAGAGUACCCUCCUCCACCACCAUCAGGAAAGCCACCUACCAGAUGGCUCUCCUCCUCUCCCUGCAGGCUGUUCCUUUCCCCCCAGCUGGCUCCAUCAUCAGGGCGGCUGGUGGCUGUGCUCAGACUUCCCGAUGAGACUUCCACCAUGGCUGAAGAGGUUUAUUGCCCUGAGGAGGCUCCCCCAGCACAAGCAGGAGACAAAAUGGGAGAGCCUAGCCAAGAAGGAGGUGCCUGCUGUUGAAUGCCAGGCUGCUGCAGCACUCCUAGUUGUCCUCAAGAUGUGUUGUGGCCUCAAUGACUCCUCAGAACACCAUCUCUCAUUUGUGGCUGAACGAGUUAAUGGGGUCAUGAUGGGUGAUGCCUUGCAACAUCCUUCUGUUUGUCCUCUCUUCUCAUUUGAUGAAUGGAUGAGGUACAUAAUGGAGGUGGCAUGGCUCAGCAAGCAGGUGAAUCCUCUGUGUGAGGCCAUUGCUCCUCCACCAGUGCUAGCCAGGCCCUUGGAGACCAAACUGAUGGCUGAACUUGCACGUUUACUGACCUUCUGCAAUACUGAUCCUGCUGUCUCUAUCCCUGACCUUGAAAGCUAUCCAAACAUGAGGAGGCAGCUGGAGGCCCUGGGUCUGCCUCUGGAGAAACUGUGGCAGGCUCAUUUCACAGAAAUGAAUGCCGCACAUGAUCCUUUACUCGGCACCCUGGAGAAAUACGUAGAGAGGUACUCCUCUUCCUCCACAAGACACAGGCAUCAACAAGAGCCCUCCACAAGGCUUCUGAAGAGGGCACAGGAGCUGCUACAGACAACCUUCUCCUCGACACAGCUGUUUUGGACACAACAUCUCCACUACAUACAGCACCAGCUUAAGGAACAUGGCUCCAGCUUAUGCCUCAAGCCAAUCAAAUACCCACACUCCCUCUGUCCACUCCCUUUGAAGCCAGAUGAGAGGAGGAGGCAUUAUAGAGAGGCCAAGGUGAAUACACACUAUAGGGAAAGGAAGCACACUCAUUCUGUAGCAGCAGGAAGUACUCAGGGGAGGAAGGGUGUGUUGGAUGAGAGGCAUACAAUGAACACAACAGCUCCUGUAAACAGUAGCUCUUCAUGUGUGGGUGCUCAGGUUAAGUUCUCUCCUGCAGCUGGUGUAUGCAGGGACCUACAACAUAGACAAGGCUCCUUGGCCACAUCAGAGAGAGAGAGCUGCCACCCCAGUAGUCAGAAAUCUUGCAUAAGGAAUGGAAAAGUAUGUCACUGCAUGAAUAUGAAAAGAUCAGACAGCAAAGACCAGUAUAGAAGAGACUGGAAUUGCUUGCACACUCAGAGUAUGCACUCAUGGGAUGAACAAAGACACAACUUAAAGGAUACAAAAGACUCAUGUAUGGAAGAACAAUGUAGAAAGUGUCACAUUCCAAAUCUGCCCACAAAGUAUGGAAAGAAGAACAACUUGAUUGAAAGAAAAAAAUCAAGCCAGGGAAAGCAACACAGUGAGGGGUGCUGUCACAAGAACACUGAAAACUUCCCUCCACAGAACAGAAACAUUAAGAAAUCUGAGAGUACUCAUGAAAGGCGUUGCACACUCAUACCAUCUGAAAUCUGUAGCCAUAAGGAGGAAGAAAGGGUCAGCUAUGAUAACACAAGAGCCUUCAUUAUUAAAAGAAAAAUAGGGACCUUCAAAGGAGGUUGUUUUCUCUCAGAUAGUACUUUAGGCUAUGUUCCUGAUGCUGUGUACAAGAACCAGGCAAAGGAAGAAUGUGCAGGCUUUAGUUUACUUGCAGGAGAAAAGGAGAACAGGACUCCAGCAAGGGAUGGGGAUAAAGGCUAUGGUUUCUUGUGUGCUUCAGAGGAUAACAGGGGUCAAAGAUCUCAUGUUACAAAGCACAAAAGAAGGGGCAUGAACAGAAGUACAAAUAAAAGUACCAAUUUCCUAUAUACGCCAGUGGAAAAAGAUGCCUUAUCCGAGACUAAAUAUCCUCCUGGAGAAGAGGGUGGGAGCCAGAGGAGGAACACAGGCACACCUUGCACAAUUUCACAUUCUCCUGAGGACAAGACUGGAUAUCCAUGGAAGAAAAAAGAAGCACAUCCCAGCACACCGCUCUCACCUGAGGACAAGGAUGACAGUACAAGCUCCACCUCCUCCUACGCCUCCAGCACCUCAUCUGUCCUGGCACACGAGUCUCUGGACCAACUUCUGAGGGACGGCACCUCAGCCACAGCACUGAGCCACACCCUGUUCGUCCCAGUGCCAGCCUACAGGAUGUGGCAGGGGCCUGACAUCACUAAGGACAGGUGGAAGCAGGUGUGGAGUGGCCUGCCCAGGAGUUACAGGCAUGUAGUGGAAGUGCUUGUGGCCCUGUGUGGAGUGACAUGUCGGGAGCUGCUGGAGGAGGUGCAGGCCAUGGAGAAGAUGGUGGAGAUAUAUUCCUCCCUCCUCUUUCUCUUCCCCAACACUCUGUAGGCAAGAAAGGGGUGGCAAAUUUUCCUCCUCAACUUUGACCCUUCUUACACAGGCAACCAGGGAGGAGGAUGCUAAAUUUCUUCUCCUUUUCUACCUUGAUCCUUCUUGAACAGGUAGGCAGUGGAGAUAUAUAUUCCUCCCUCCUCUUCCUCUUCCCCAACACUCUGUAACCAGGAAGGGGAUGGUAAAGAUAUAUAUUUCUCCUUCCUCCUCCUCUGCCUCAGCCCUUCUUAAACAGGAAGAUGGAGAUAUAUUCUUCUCUCCUUCUGUCUGUGGAUACUUUAUUAAUUGUUAUUCAUAGAUGUAUGGUAGUCAUAUUAUUUCAGCAGUGUUAUUUUUGGUAUUUUAUCCCUGUUUCUUCUCUGUUCUUUAUUUGGUAACAAGGAAAGAAUGAAUGUGUGGUUAUUCUGAUAACAUGAACGUGGUAUUUAUUGUUACCAUGUCAUGAUGUUGGCAUUUAUAGCUUUCAGUUAUUUUGUACCUUGUUUUUAAUUUAUCGAUGUUUUUGUGUACUGGUGCUAGAAGUAAGGGUAAACUUUUCAUUAUUCUGGCAUUACAGGAUUUAUUUUUAUGGAGUCUUGUUAGCAUGGUUCAACAUGACUUUUUUUUUUUCAUAUUUUGUUUAAUAGUUUUAAAAGGCAGGAAACUGAAUUUGCAAAAAAGAAGAAAAAAAAUAGAAAUAAAAAUAAAUAAAUAAAUGAAUAAAUAAAAACAAAUAAAUAAAUAAAUAAAUAAAAAAGCA